AUGGCAAGUGAUGUGGGAAUCCCCCCAAAAGCAUCUCAUGAUCUUAUGGUGAGACAAGUAGGUGGGAGAGAGAAUUUAGGUUUUAUUCCUGAAGAUUACAAAAACUACUUGCGAUCCAAAAGAACAAGAAAUAUGAGAGUUGGUGAUACAGGAGGUGUAUUGGAGUUUUUGCAGAAAAUGCAGUUCGAUGAUCCCAAUUUUUUUUAUGCAAUUCAAGUUGAUGAAGAUGAUUUGAUAACUAAUAUUUUUUGGUGUGACGCUAAGAUGAGAGCUGAUUAUGGAUAUUUUGGAGAUGUUGUUUGCUUUGACACAACCUACAGGAAGAAUAAUGAAGGUCGCCCAAUUACGUUGUUUGUAGGUGUUAAUCAUCACAAGCAAUCCAUAAUUUUUGGUGCAGCUUUAUUAUAUGAUGAAACAUCUUUGACAUUUGAAUGGUUGUUUGAUACAUUUACCAAGGCUAUGUGUGAGAAAAAACCAAUAACUAUUCUUACAGAUCAAGAUGCAACAAUGGCAAAGGCUUUAGCUUCCAGAUGGCCUAAAACACAUCAUCAUUUGUGUAUUUGGCACAUUUAUCAAAAUGCUGCAAUACAUUUGAGUAGAGUUUUUUCUCAGUUCAAAGAGUUUAUUAAAGAUUUUGCCUCAUGUAUAUAUGAUUUUGAUGAAGAGGAAGAUUUUAUUUCAGCUUGGAACAUACUGUUGACCAAGUAUACACUUGAAGACAAUGAUUGGUUGAGACGUCUAUUUCGCAUAAAGGAAAAAUGA